AUUUUAUAAGAAAACUUAACCAUACUAUCGUAUUCUCCGUAGCUAUGACGAGAUAAACACGUGUAUUAUAUUGGAAUAAUUGUAUAGAUUCUAACGUUAAGUCAAAAUGCAGCAUGAUGAUGUUGUCUGGAGUAUAAUCAAUAAAUCUUUCUGUUCAUUUAAAGUAAACACCAAAACUCAAAGGUUUUGUAGAAAUGAAUACAAUCUUACUGGAUUGUGCAGUAGGGCAUCAUGCCCUCUUGCAAAUAGCCAAUAUGCAACUAUUAGAGAAGAGAAUGGUAUUAUUUAUCUGUAUAUGAGAACUGCAGAAAGAGUACAUUUUCCUAAAAAUAUGUGGGAGAAGGUAAAACUUUCUAGAAAUUUUGAGAAGGCCAUUUAUCAAAUCAAUGAAAAUUUGUUAUAUUGGCCAAGUUUUAUAAAAGCUAAAUGCAAACAGAGAUUUCUUAAAAUAACGCAAUAUCUUAUACGUAUGAGAAAGCUUAAAUUAAGAAGGCAAAAGAAAAUAAUACCGCUUUCUAGAAAAAUUGAAAGACGUGAAAGACGUAGAGAAGAAAAGGCUCUUAUAGCUGCAAGAGUGGAAAAUGUUAUUGAGAAGGAACUUAUGGAAAGAUUGAAACAAGGAGUGUACAAUGAUAUUUACAAUUUUCCACAAAAAGUAUUCGAUAAAGCUGUGGAAGUUGUAGAAAUGGAAAGCGAGGGAGAAAGCGAAAGGGAAUAUGAGGAAGAAGAAGAAAAUAUUGAAAAGGAAGUAGAAAUGGAAUUGGAAGCUGAUGAAAGAGAAACUGUAACUAAUGGAUCACGAUACAUAGAAGCAGAAAGUGAAGACGACGAAGACGAUGAAGAAGAAUAUGAAAUAGAUGAUGAUCAAGAUAGUAACUCCGGUGAAAAAGAAGAAAUUGAAUUAUCCGAUAGUUUUGAAUCAGAAACCAGCGAUAUCGAAGAUAUCGUACCGUCAACAAGCAAGAAGAAAGUAUCGAAAGUUAAAAACAUGAAAAGUAAAACGAAGAAAAAAUUACGUCCAAGAGUCGAAAUCGAAUAUGAGAUCGAGGAGGAACAACCUGCACUACGACAAAAAUCAUAGAAUAAUAUUAAAUAAAAAAAAAAAAAAAAAA